AUGUCUCUCGACCACGAAUACGACGACAAGAAACAUGCCGACGUCUACAGUCAGCAGGUCGGUGGCGCUGAUCAGAUACACCAGCCGCAAUAUACGGAAGAGAUCGUCCCUCACGAUGGUUUGAAGCGAUCUCUCAAGUCCCGACACUUGGCAAUGAUCUCCAUCGGUGGUGUCAUUGGUACAGGUCUGUUCUUGGGUACCGGUUCUGCUCUGGCUCAUGGUGGUCCCCUUGGUUUGUUCUUGGGUUACGCCUUGAUGGGUAGUAUCUGUUAUUCAGUCAUGAUCUCACUUGGUGAAAUGAUCUCUUUCCUUCCGAUCCCCGGUGGUCACAUCAAACUCGCUGAGCGAUUCGUGGAUCCUGCAUUUUCCUUCACCAUGGGUUGGAACUAUUGGUACAACUGGGUUAUCAUUCUCCCUGCCGAAUUGUCUGCUGCUGCUGUCUUGAUCAAUCUCUGGAACAAAACCAUCAAUAACGCUCUCUGGAUCUCCAUCUGUCUCAUCGUUGUCGUCGUCAUCAACCUUUUCGGUGCUGGUGUCUACGGAGAGUGUGAAUUCUGGUUCGCUUCCAUCAAGGUACUUACCAUCACUGGUCUGAUCAUCCUCGGUAUCAUCAUCACCGCUGGUGGUGGUCCCGACCACAAAUCCAUCGGUUUCCAAUAUUGGCGAGAUCCCGGACCUUUCGUUCAAUACGAGGGUAUCAGCGGUUCUCUCGGUCGAUUCCUUGGUUUCUGGGCUGUGCUUACUCAAGCCGCCUUCUCUUAUAUCGGUACCGAAAUUGUCGCCAUCGCCGCUGGUGAAGCUAAGAACCCUCGACGAAACCUUCCCCGAGCCAUCAAGAAGGUUUACAUUCGAAUCUUGGUCUUCUACCUCGGUGGUACUUUCAUCAUUGGUCUCCUCGUUCCUUCCAACGAUGAAGGUCUCGCUCUUAACUCUGGUACCGCUCUUGCCUCUCCUUUCGUCAUUGCCAUCAAACGAGCUGGUAUCCCUGCUCUCCCCAGUAUCAUCAACGCCUGUCUUUUAACUUCAGCUUGGUCUGCUGCUUCUUCCGAUCUCUUCACCUCAUCCAGAGCCAUUUACGGUCUUGCCAUCACCCGACAAGCUCCCAAGAUCUUUGCCCGAACCACCAAGAACGGUCUUCCUUACGUGGCCAUCAUCUUCUGUGCCCUCUUCGGUGCCCUCGCCUACAUGUCUCUACAAUCUACCGCCGGUCAAGUAUUCGGUUAUUUCGCAAACUUGACUGCUGCUGCUGGACUUAUGACUUGGUGGGGUAUCUGUCUCGUCUACAUCCGAUUCGAGAAAGGUCUUAAAGAUCAAGGCAUUUCCAAAUCUACUUUGCCCUACACUAGUUACUUGAACAAGAAUGCGUUCGCUGCCAAAUACGCCAUGGUAAUGAUCACCAUCAUUCUCUUCUUCUCCGCUUGGUCAGUCUUCCUGAAAGGUAAUUGGGAUACUGCCACUUUCGUCACCAACUACCUUCCUCUUUGGCUCUUCCCCGUCCUCUGGAUUGGAUUCAAACUUAUCAAGAAGACUCAUUUCGUCAGAACCACCGAGAUGGACUUCGUGUCUGGAUUGGAUGUUGUAGAAGCCGAGUCUUACGAGGAGAAACCACCAAAGAACUUCGCUGGAAAGGUCUGGGCUGCCAUCAUGUAA